CGUUCGCUCUCUCUUUCUCGCAAUGAUAACUAUCCGCGAUCCUCACAUCUGAUUACAACAGUCGUUCUCUAAGGAACCUAACUGAACUGAAUUUAAUUAAGCAUAUAUUAAUUGCUUUUCGAGUGCCGAUAAGUUUAAUCAUAAUUGCAAACGUCUCCUGAUAAAAUUUCCGAGGUAUAAAUUCGCAUUUAUAUUAAUCUUAUCAGCACGACAUGCUCAUGUGCAGUGGCCAUUGAACACAGCAGACAAUCAAUUACAACCACUCUAAACUUGAGCCCGGAGCCAUGUCGGAGCUACGGAAACAACAUUUGCCCCCGGGACACUAUUUGUGUGGAUUGGGCAAAUGGCAUCCCGCCUGGCUGCAGAAAUAUGCCACAACAAAAGCGUUCAUGGGCGUCUACGGGCUACUGGGAACAAUUCAAGCCAUGUCCUACAUGUAUUUCAUUGUCACGUUGACCACACUGGAAAAACGCUUCAAAAUCCCUAGCCAGACGACGGGCAUUGUGCUAAGUGGCAAUGAGAUAUCACAGAUAAUGCUGUCCCUGAUCCUAUCCUAUAUCGGUGGUCAGCGCAAUCGUCCACGCUGGAUCGCCUGGGGCAUUGUGCUCUGCGGCAUAUCCUGUUUCAUAUUGGUACUACCGCACUUUAUCUAUGGAGCCGGCGAUGAGGUAUUACAGUUAACACAGGAAUAUCAGGAUAGUCUGGUGAAUAGUUCGCUCAAUGUGAGCUUUACAGCCGCGAAUGCAAGCGCCUCGAAGAGCAAGCCAGAGCAGCUCUGUGGCGUAGGCAAGGCGGCUGACAAUUGCGAUAGUCUGUUUACGUAUGUGCCCCUGGUGCUGAUCUUCUUCUCACAGUUUGUGCUGGGCGUGGGUAAUACCCUGUACUAUGCUCUAGGUCAAACGUACCUAGACGAUAAUACCAAGCGAACGAAUACGCCAUUGAUGUUGGCGGUGGCCAUGUCGCUGCGCAUGAUCGGGCCCGUCUUUGGUUUCUUCUUUGGAUACAUUUCAUUGAACACAUUCAUUGACCCCCGGAAAACGCCUUUGAUUGACAGCAAGGAUCCACGCUGGUUGGGCGCCUGGUGGCUUGGCUGGGUUAUCCUGGGCACCUUGAUGUGCGUCUUCUCCGGUCUGAUUGGUCUCUUUCCCAAGCAGCUGCCAAAGAAAUCGAAUGAGGCGAAUCGCAAUUCGCAUUUGCCCCAUGCCCUUCGUCACGAGGAGCUGAAGCGAGAGGAGGGAUUUCCUUUGAGUAGUCGCGUGUCCUCGAUUGCCGCCUUGGAUAGCAUUGGAGCUGGCGCCAAUGCUGAUCUACCCAAAAUGAAGGAUUUCCCACGUGCUCUAAUGCGCCUGCUGCGUAAUAAGCUGCUCAUGUUUAACAUCUCAUCGGGCGUCUUUUAUAUACUGGGUGCAACGGGCUUCAUGACCUUCCUGACCAAGUAUAUGGAGGUUGUGUUCCAUAAAGCGGCACAGAGUGCCACCAUUAUCGUUGGUCCUGUGUCCAUUCUGGGCAUGAUCAUUGGCCUCUUUGCCUCUGGCAUUGUCAUAUCCAAGAAGAAGCCAUCCAUUAGCAAGGUUCUAAUGUGGAAUGUCGUUGUGGGCAUUAUUUACAUAUGCGGUCAGAUCUCUUAUGCAUUCUUGUAUUGUCCCGAUUCCUUUUCAACAACUCAUCUCGGCAACCUCAAUUUGACCAGCAACUGCAAUGCAAACUGCUCCUGCGAGGGCGUCAACUUUUCACCAGUCUGCCAUGAAUCGAGCGACACCACCUACUUCUCGCCCUGCCAUGCGGGCUGCACCAGCUGGAAUGCAGAUACCAAGCUGUACGACAAAUGCGCCUGCAUCAAGGACUCGAUUGUUCCUAUGGAGUCGUAUGGCAAAGCCGCAGAGCGUUUGGUAUUGGAAGAUGGCACCACGGAGAUGACGUUCAUAGAUAGCACGGAUCUGGAUAUAUUUGGGGAUGAUGUACCGCUACUUAGCGAUGAUAAUUCCGAGGAACUUGUCGACAAUAUAUUGCAGCGCAGCAAGCGAGCAGUUGCUGAUCUGGUGCUGCGUCCAGGCGUCUGCAUGAAAGGAUGCGAUACGGUCUUUUGGAUAUUCUCGAUAACUUCCAUUAUUGUGAACUGGUUCGGCAGCUCCGGUCGUAUUGGCAACGUGCUGGUCAACUAUCGCACCGUUGCGCCCGAGGAUAAAUCAUUUGCCCAGGGCUUGGCCUUGAUGCUGAUCAGCUUAUUUGCCUUGAUUCCGGGCCCAAUAAUAUUUGGUCGCAUCAUCGACUCCACCUGCCUGGUGUGGACGAAGACCUGUCAUGGCAAAGGCAAUUGUCAGCUCUACGAUCAAACGAGAUUCCGUUAUUCCAUCAACUUUUUGUCCUGCUUCUUCACGUUUAUUGGCGUCGUAUUUGACUGGCUCGUUUGGUACUAUGGACGCGACCUUGACCUGUAUGGCGAUAAGGAGGCAAAGCGCCAGGAGCCAGCAAACAGGCGCGAUCAGCCCAUAACACCGCUGUUGGCCAAAAAGUCGGUGCAAGCCGAUUGUUGAACAGCUUCCAAUACUCCAGCUAUUGGUGCGAUAUUCACAGCCAUUUGUACAAACAUCUCGCAGAUGCAGAAGAAACAGGCAAUAUUCCUGUAAUCCUGUAUGUUGUUAAUACUGUUAUUUGUUUAUGAAUAAUACAAUGAAUUUAUAUGUAUGU